AUGGGGCCAAGGAAGACCCAGAAAGAGGACUCAGAACGUUACUGCAGAAAUUCAGAGUUGAUGGUAGUCUGGAUCUGGAAGAGGGCUGGAAGGGGAGAGAGCGAUCUUCGUGAAUGGAAGGUAAAGCCAACAGAAUUGUCUCUCAACAGUGAGAGAAAGGACAUAAGAAUUAAGUGUUCUACUUUGAAAAACUGGAAGAAUAACAUGGAAAACCCUCUAACAGGUGAGAAGAGAUCGCCACAAGAUCCAGUCAAUGAGAUAAAGAUGAUUGCCAGCACCAUGUUUGGUGGCUUCUUGGAGGACUUGAAGGAAAAGAAGGUGUUAGAUAAGCAAGAGUUACAAACAAUAGGGAAAGAAGUGAAUGUCAUCGUGAGUAAGACUGAAAACCUGGUUGGCGAUUUCACCGAGAAAACUCAAAUGGUAGGAAAAGUAUUUAUGGACCAUUUCAUCAAUUCCAGGAGCCAGCUGAGUUUAAAAUCUCAUGCUGAAAAUGAAGAUGAUGAAUCUGAGAGCAGCAAGUCAUCUUCUUCUCUGACAGUUAUUCAGGAAAUCCAGGCUUCCCAAGUGGACGUGCUGAAGCUUUGUCCCUGUAAGCAUUCUCAAGGACUGAAGACUGUAAGACUACAUGAGAUAUAUCCAGUGAUGGAGAAGGAGGGCCGAACACGCCUGGCCCUCAUCAUUUGCAACAAAGAAUUUGACUAUCUUUCUGAGCGAGAAGGCUCUGAAAAUGACAUUUCAGGGAUGCAAGGCCUGCUUGAAAACCUUGGAUAUUCGGUGGUUAUAAAGGAAAAUCUCACAGCUCUGGAAAUGAAAACGGAGCUGAAGAACUUUGCCACCCGCCAAGAGCACCGAUUCUCCGACAGCACGUUCCUGGUGUUCAUGUCCCAUGGCACCCUGGAUGGGAUCUGUGGCACGAAGCACAGAGAUGAAAAGCCGGACAUUCUUCCCGAUGACACCAUCUUCCAGAUUUUCAACAACCGUAACUGCCAGAGUCUCAGAGACAAGCCCAAGGUCAUCAUCACACAGGCCUGCCGAGGCAGAGGUGACGGGACUGUCUGGGUGACCGAUGUGGGAGAAGCAUUUGCGUGGACAUAUUACCAGCCCUUGCAGCGUUAUAUCUCCAGUGAUGCCAUAGAAAAGACCCAUGUGGAGAAGGACUUCAUCGCUUUCAAAUCUUCGACUCCACAUAAUGUUUCUUGGAGAUUGAACACAGAGGGCUCUGUCUUCAUUUCCCAGCUUAUCUACUACUUAGGAGAGUAUUCUUGUUGUCACCAUUUGGAGGAGAUUUUCCGAAAGGUUCAAAAUGCAUUUGAGAAGCCACAUACAAUGAUCCAGAUGCCCACAAUUGAGAGAUUAUCCAUGACACGAUAUUUCUACCUCUUUCCUGGGAAUUAAAAUCCAUAUGAAGCAUCUCAGGAAAAUUGAGCCAUUCCAUUCUCUGUGAAUCUACUAUUUUAAAAGGUUAACAUUUGAUUGUGAAUGUUUUUCUACUGAACUUCCCACUUGCCCACCCUCAGCCAACGCCAAGCUAAAACCACGGUCAUACUGUUGCUGAGUUAGUACUUAAUAAAUUU